AUGGGCGAUCUGGAUCUCUCCUCCCUGCUGGAGUCGGGCGAAUACAGCGACCUCAGACUCAUCACCACCAAUGCCGAUGAUGGAGUUGAGACCGAGCACUCCGUUCAUCGCAAUAUCGUCUUCACCCAAUGUUCGAGAUUGAGAGACGUGGUGGCUUCUAUUGGACCAUUGAACCAAAAAAACGGAGUUGACAUCGCCCAUCUCGACCAUGAUGGCAAAGCCCUCGGUACUGUGUUGCGAUAUUUGUACUCUGGAAAGUACGAGGCACAGUACGAGGUAGCGACCCAGCGAGCGAAUGAGGCUGGUCAUCUCGAUCAGCCUCACUCGUUGUACUGGUCGAUCCACGCCAUGCAGCUGGCACAUGAACUGUGGCUCGUCGGUCUAUACAGGGAAGCGGCGGAGGCGUUGUGUAAGGCAGCAAAACAACUCACAAACCACGUCGACUUCCCCGGCAUGGUCGACGAGCUCUACGAGACGUGUAGCCAACACCCAGAAUUCCCCAACCAUCUCGCAAGGAUUGCAAGAACCAUUGCAGAGAACUGUCUGAUAAGCAGUCGGCUGCAGGAUCGACUGCAGCCCACCAUGCUCAAAUACCCGCAGCUUGCCCUCGACGCAAUGGAAGCAAGCUUGGACGCUCUGGCCGAAACCCGAAAGGAUCUCAUCGAAGCUGAGGACGAGAUCUCCGACCUUCGAACUCGGGGAUACCGAGCUGAUGACUUUUGGGCCGAAGUUGAGCGUGAUCGGGAGAGGAGAGAGGGAGAGGCGAUCCGCGACGACAGUUUUGAGUUCAAAAUUGUUCAGGGCAGCAAGAAACGAAGUCGCUCUUCU